AUGGACCCCAGGCCAGACUCCAAGUCGGAUCCCACUGCCUUGAGUAAACCGCAAGCUGGCGUAACUUCGACAUCAAAGGCAGCCGAAGCUGCUCAGCGUCCUCGGAGGCAGGACAUCAUGGCGACGAUUCAGGAUGACGAUGAUCGCCUAUUAGUGCGCAUUGGUUAUACACCAGUACUGAGCCGUCACUUCUCCAGAUGGUCCACCGUCUCGUACGCCAUCUCCAUCCUCGGCGUCCUAGGCUCCGUCCCCGCAACCAUCGGCGCACCAUUGGCAUCAGGUGGCCCUGCCACGGCUGUCUGGGCGUGGUUCAUAGGCAGUUUCAUGGCAUACUGCAUAGCGAGUUCCGUCGCCGAGCUGGUAUCGGCAUAUCCAACGGCCGGCGGAAUGUACUAUGUCACGAAGCACGUCGUUCCGCCCGAACAUGUCGCAGCGUGGGCGUGGAUCAUCGGGUGGUGCAAUUUCCUGGGCCAGGCUGCGGGAGUGGCGAGCCUGGCGUAUACAAUUUCUCAGAUGGUGUUGGCGACGGCGGUGAUGCACUCGAGCUUGGCUGAUGGUGAGCCUACGUUUACACCGACUGCCUUGCAGACCGUUCUUCUGGCCAUCCUGGUGCUGUGUGUGUUUGGAUGCGUGUGCUCGUUUCCAACCAAUUGGCUGCAUAAGAUUGUCCUGUGGUUUGCGCCUAUCAACAUUACUGCGUCGGUCUGCAUCUGCAUUGCGCUCCUGGUGCUCACGCCCAAUAAGCAGAGUGCGAAAUGGGUGUUUACAGAAGUCAUGGAUGGCUCUGGAUGGGGCAGCAGGGGGUUCUCUUUUCUCCUUGGUUUCCUCUCCGUAGCCUGGACCAUGACCGACUACGACGGCACCACCCAUAUGUCCGAAGAAACCCACGAUGCCGCGAUCCGCGGUCCCGUCGCCAUCCGCCUCGCGAUCCUCGUCUCGGGCGUCGUCGGCUGGAUGCUCACCGUCACCUUCUGCUUCUGCAUGAGCGACUACGACGCCAUCAUGGCCUCCCCUACUGGUAUGCCCGUGGCGCAGAUCUUCUUCAAUGCGGGCGGUAGGACCGGAGGAACGGCCAUGUGGUUCUUUGUUAUUCUUGUGCAGGUGUUUACGGGGUGUAGUGCUAUGUUGGCGAAUGCGAGGAUGGCGUGGGCGUUUAGUAGGGAUGGGGCGUUGCCGUUUUCGGGCUUCUGGGCGCGCGUCAACCCCCUCACCAACACGCCCGUCAACGCCGUCUGGCUCGUCGUUCUCUUCUGCUCGUGCCUCGACCUCAUCGGCAUCGGCAGCACCCUCACCAUCGUCGCCAUCUUCAACAUCACCGCCCCGGCCCUCGACCUCUCGUACAUCGCCGUCAUCGUCGCCCACCGCUGGUACGAGGGGCGCGUCAAGUUCAUCCCGGGGCCCUACACCAUGGGCCGGUGGAGCAAGCCCGUCAACGCCGUGGCCGUCACGUGGGUCGUGUUCAUCAGCGUGGUGCUGUUCUUCCCGACGGUGCGGCCAGUGCGGCCCGAGAAUAUGAAUUAUGCCGUGUGCGUGGCGGGGUUUAUCGGGUUGUUUAGUAUGGUUUGGUGGUAUGCGGGGGCGAGGAAGACGUAUACUGGUCCUCGCACAAACGACAUCAUUGAGGAACUGCCGCCUGAGGACCCGGAUGACAUUCUCAGCGACUACGACGUUUGA